AUGGUAUGUCAUAACGUGCAGGAAAGUGUUCGAAGCGCGUUCUCCUCCUCUUCCAUCAGCAAAAACAACACCAGCAACACCACCACCUCCGCCGACGACCUCUCAUCAACCCUACCCUCCUCAUUCACCACCAGCAGCAGCCGCCAGAGCUCCCGUGGCCCAUCCCCCAAUCGCCACCGGCAACAGAAGAAUACAAGCCCCAAAUUAGCCAGUCGCAGCCCCAGUCCCUCAAGACGUCUUUUCCAUGGAAGCUUAACCAUCAAGCCCCGGGAAGCGGCCCUGCAGUACGCCAAAGCAGCGUACGCAACGCAGUUCGAACUCUCCCACCCCUGGCACGUCUUUCGGGCCGACGGGUCGACAGGCGCAGGCGUCGUGUAUAGCACAGACGGCCGAAUCGAGAACUUCGUGGACCAUGCAUAUGCGGUGCAGGGUAUCUGGGAGAUUAAGUGCCUUGAAAUCUUUGCUGUUGGGGCGGCGUUGCGCAUCGCGCUGGAUCGGAUUGAGGACGACAAAAAGACGAACGGGCACGCGCACACGAACACGGACCGGCAUAAGGUGAGCGUCUUCACCGACUCUCAUGAGAAACCCGCAUUCGAAACAUUCGCCCGGGCGAGAAUACGCCCUCCUGGCGGUGGAUAUCUCGAGGAAGCUGGAGGAACUGGGAGUCAGGGUCGAGGUCAACUGGGUCCCUGGGCACACAAACCACGUGGCCCACAAACGAGUGGAUCAGAUGGCAAAGGUCGGGGCGAAAUAUGGGGCAAAUUUUGCGAAGGGGAGGGUGAGGGCAAGGUCGGCCUCUGGGGGGAUUCAGGUGGCGGAUUGGGGGUUAUUGGAGCUCUUAUGAGAAGACCCGCAUAUGCGGGCAUCGAGGAGUGA